AUGGAAGGAAUGGCAGCGCAGCAGGACCACGAAUACAAGGGGUCACCGCUGAACCACACACGGCCAGAGCUGCGUGGCUUUCAAAUUGAGAAGAUAGCAUUCGAAGUGGAUCAGAUUCUCCAUCCAAAUGUGUCUUUUCAGUUUUCCAGAUCUUCUUCCGACGUAGACUGGGUUCGUGGAGAUGUGAAAGUGGAAAACAAGCAUGGACAGAUGCUUUUUCAUCUGGACAGGGAGUGUUGGCACUGUACUUUUUCCAGCAUCCACUGUGCAGGUGCUAAUGUUCGAGAACACAAUCUUUUUGAUGAGCUUUGGCUUGCCAUCUACAGCUUUCUGCACCCAGACAUGUGCUUGACGUCAAGGAGGCGCUUCACCACAUGCUGA